CUGAGCAGAACCAGAAGCAGUUCCUCUGAGGAGAAGCUGCUCCUGCAGAAGGUCUCCUCUGGUUUUUCUUUUUCUGUUUAGACAUGCACACCGAAGGAAAAGACUGCUUCCCAGGACCCUUCAGCUCUUCCUGUGUGAAAAUCUACCUAUGCUCCAACCCAGAAGACAGCAGGACGGAGCGCCAGGCGCUCAGACAGGACGUGUUCCCCAGGUUCAGAAGAUACUGCAGACGCUCGCUGGGCCUGGAUGUCAGAGUGAUAGAUCCAUUUGAGUCCAGUGAUCCUCGUCGUUGGCCAGAUGAAAACACCAGACAGCGGUUGAUUACAGAGUGCAGAGAGAGCUCAGCCGGGCCCUAUUUGCUGGCUCUGGUGGGACAUCAGUAUGGCGCCAGCUGUCUGCCCGCCCAGGUGCAGGUGUCGGAGUUCCAGCUGCUGUUGCAGGAGAGCCAGCGGGCGGGAAUCAGCACCCUGGAACUGGAAAAGGCCUACCAGAGGGACGAGAACAUCAUCCCCGCAUCCUUCUGUCGGAGGUCCUCCUCCAGUUUUCUGGAGUCAGACGGAAAGGAGGAAACAGAGAAGAAGAGGAAGAAUGAAGAAGAGCUAAGGAAGAUGCUUCAGGCAGCAGUGACUCUGAGUGUCUGCAGAGGUCUUUUGAGCCCAGAGAGAGCCCGUAGUUUCCACACUUCAGUCCUUGAUAAAGAUGUGCGAUUUGCUUUGGCGAACCCCACAGUUGAGGACGUCACCAACCGCUGUGUGGUUUACGUCCACAAGGUCCUCAAUGCCAGGAAGGACAUGUCCAACCAGCUGCUGACAGACUUGGAGCUGAACCUUCAGGCAGAGAUCUCUGAUCCCACCCAUGACCAAUUCCUAUCAGAGAUGUGUGACGAUUACCUGCCUGCUCUUGUCACCUCCUGCCACCUUCUAGUUUAUACCUUCACCACUGAGUGUGACCGUCGCCAUGGUUACACCACAGCCAGGAGGCGAGCCUACGCUGACUCCCUGAGCCAGCAGGUGUACGCAGACCUUGUCUCGUUAAUCGGUCGCUCAAACCUGUCGGGUUCUGGAGGGGUUAUCCAAAAUGUUGGUUCUUUAAAGGAAGAGCGGGCUGAGCAGGUGCAUCUGUGCAGCAUCCUGUCUGAGUUUUAUGACAUCAUUCAACCACAGGAAGAAAAGGUCAGAGCUUAUGUGCAGCAGAAGGAUCAACACUGCCCACUAGUGGUUGUUGGAGGACCUUGCACAGGGAAGAAGGUGCUGCUGGCUCAUUGCGCUCAUCAGCUGAAGUCUUGGCUGGCAGAUGCUGAUCCUGUGGGGCUCAGUUAUUUCUGCAGCAUGUCAGUGGACGCUUCUCCAGAACGCCUGCUCACCAGUUUGUGUCUUCAGAUCACUGCAGAGUAUGACCACCAGGUUCCUGCAGAUACGGACACCAGCUUUUGCCCAAACCCCACAGUCACGUCCUUCCGUUAUCCAAGACGAUCCAGUUUAGGCUUAAUGAAUCUCUCUGAGCUCCAACAGCAUCUUGCAUCCCUCCUAACUCUCCUUCCGUGCACCAAACGGCCUCUUAUCCUUCUGCUCGAGGGUUUGGAUCAACUGGAGAACAGCGUUGGUGUUCAGAUAGUCAGGAACCUCCCCUCCCCCCUCCCCUGUGGGGUCAAACUCAUCAUCACAGUUUCUUCUAACCAACCUCACCUCCUGAACACAAUCAAGCAGCAGUACUCCCAUGUGGGAGGUCUUCCUCACCAUGUGUCAGAAGAAGAGUCAGGGUUCUUGUGUGUGGAGAUGGGAUCAGCAGACACCAAACAGUGCAGGAAGAUGCUGACGUUCCUGCUAGGAGGUUCAGGGAGGAGGGUUACAUCUGGACAACAAGCUCUGAUAAACGAGGCGCUCACUUCCUGCCGCCUGCCGCUCUACACCAGGCUGCUGCAUGUGCACGCCGCUGGGUGGAGCUCAGACUCAGAGGUAAACGAGUCCUUUCUUCCAGAUGGCGUUCAUUCCUCCAUUUCUGCGCUCUUGGAUCACCUGGAACUCAAACAUGGCUCCGCCCUCGUGGCUCGUGCUACGUCUUUCCUCACCCUCUCUAAAUCCGGGCUCUCGGAGGCUGAACUCGCCGAUCUGCUCUCCAAUGCCUCUCUGGCUGAGGAAGAAGAGGAAGACUCUGUUUUUAGGCCAAAGGUCACACAGGUCGACACGGAAAAGCUGCUUUUGGAUUUCUGGAGCUUUCUUCUUAAAAGAUCAGUAGGCGGUACACGGGUUCUGUUCUGGGUGAGCCGACACUUCGGUCUGGUGGUGUCCAAAAAGUAUCUGGAUGUUGAGGUGAAGAGGAAGAUUCAUUCAGAGAUGGCAGACUCCUUCAGGGGAUGGAGGGUCGGAGGUCGAGGACUAAAUAAGGACAACCAGCCGUUCCUCUUUGGUUCUCCAGCAAACGAGAGUUGGGUGAAUGUGAGAAAAAUCAUAGAGCUGCCGCAUCACUUGCAACAAAGUGGCAGGUGGGCGGAGCUGGAAGCUGAGCUGUUGAUGUCUUUCAGUUUUCACCAGGCGAUGCUUCAAGCUGGACGUCUGGGAGAUCUGAUCUCCAUGUUGGAGUCUGACAGAAGCCCCUCCAGCUUUCAUUUCUUAAGGGAAAGACGGCUCCUUGCAAACAUGCUGAGGUCAUCCGCCUGCUUACUGCAGAGAUCCCCCCCCCAGCUACCUACAGUCAUGGAAACGAACCUCCUGCCUUUUUGGGGGGGGUUUCCCACCCUUGGGGGUUACAUCCGAGACAUUAGAGAAGAAAAAUGGCAGAGAGGAAGAGGGUUAGAUAUCCUUCUCUGGCCUUGUCUCCACUCCGUUCCUGCCCUUCAGGGCGUAGACGAUAGACCGCAUGAGACGCGUGUCACUGAGUCUGCUGCUACAAGAUGUGGAACCGUAGCACAGACCAUGGAGGACGGUUUUGCUUGGAUCUGGAGAAGCUCCAGAUUCGUCAGACUCAGGAUUUCCCUGAGCUGUGAUCAGCAGGAGGUGAAGUUUACUGGAGUGAGAAGCAGUGGCCGGUUCCUGCUGCUGUCAGCUGAGGGCAGCAGGCUCUUUGUGUGGGACUUGACCGAUUCAGAGGAGCUCAAGGAGGUCGAAGACCCUCUCAGAUCCGGAGGAGCAUCAAAAAGAGUCGGAGGUUUUAUUGCACACCAGGAGAAGUUAGGUUGGUGGUGGGAAAACGAAAAUUUUGUCGGUGUGUUUGAUGUUUGCGGUAGGAUCGUAGCUCAUUUCCAGUGUUGGAGCGCUGUCACCUACGUGGCGUUCUCCACCCACAGCUUUCACCUGUUCUGUGGACAAGAAGAUGGCACCAUGUCUGCGUUUGACAUCCAAACCGGGACCCUGCUGGGCUCUUGUUCCCACUGGAAACGCAGCGCCAUCAUGUUGAUGAUCUUCAGAGAAGAGCAGCAGGAAAUGGCGUGCCUUGCCAGGACUGGGAACAUCGCAUUAUGGGAUGUUGCAGCGAAAGAACAGACAUUCAGACUUGUCAGAGAGAAAAACAGUCAUAAUGAAUCUGACAUCCUCAACACAGAUUAUGUGGAGGACAUCAGCUUGCUUCUGGUGUGUGGGGCGAAGCAGGUGACCCUUUGGGGUUCGGACAGCUGGGAACUGUUGGAGAAGUUCUCAGCGCCAAAGACGAGAGUCUUCACACAGGCGAUGCUGAGUCAGGAUGGACACCUCUUCUCAGCCGUGUUACGGAACUGCAGCUUGGUAUUGGUGUGGAAGAUCAGCUCUGGGCAGUGUGUCCUCUCCUUGGAGACAAACAGGCCACCGCUGUUGCUCCUCAGAACGCUCUCAGAAACCAUCUGUGUCUCUCAGAGUGGCGGCUUGACAAUCUGGGACUCUGGGAUGAUCGAUGCAGCAGGAACCACUCCAAAAAUGAGAUCUGGAGUGAAAGAAGUUGUGGCGGAAAAAGCAGGAAAGUGUUUUUACACGUCCGAUGGUUCACGCGUAGUGUGGAGGUGGAGCUUAGACCCAGGACACCCACGCGACAGCUUCCUCCACGAUGGCGCUGUGGAAAAAUUACAGCUGUCUCCCAACAGCUUGAAGCUCGUGUCGCUGUCAGCUGGGGAGAUCUACGUCUGGGACACAGAAUCGGGUCAGAAUGUGGUCCGGAUCGGCGGCUGCAGAGCUACAGAUCUCCUCAUUACACCCAACAGUAACUUUGGCGUGAGCAUUUCUGAACAAGGACUCUCUCAUGUUUGGAAGGUAGCACAAGGAAGCAUCGUGUGCAGCAUUCACCUGCACCUCUCUGACGCCCAGGUGCUGCCUGAUGGAACCUUCCUCAUCGGUCUGCACCGCGGGGACCUGCUGGCUGCCAGCUUGUGGUCGGGCUUGAUCAGUAAGCGUUUCUCCUGCAUGGAGCCGUCUGAGGUUGUAGCUUUCCACACACUGACGGAGCAUCCAGACUUUGUGGUUGUAAUGGCUGCCUUGGGGGCAGUGUACACCUGGAAGGUGUCAGAGGAGACUGUGUGCCAGCACUUUGAGCUACCACCUAUGUUUUACUGUGAUCCAGGAGACUUCCAGAUGUCAUCUGAUGGGAGCUUUGCGCUGUUGUCCACUUGUGGUGACCAAAUAAACCUUCUAGAUCUGUCCCGGGUCAGACUGUGCUCAUUUAAAGCUGAAGGAAUCGUCAUUAAAGCCUGCUUGGACCAAACCGGAUCGUACGUUGCAUACAUAAGCAGCCCCCGCAGCCUGGAGGAAAGCUGCACCUGUCACCACCACAACCGACCUGUCCUCACAGUCACACGGCUUUCAGACGGAGAGCAGAUGGGAAGUGUGCAGCUGUCUGAAAACCCCUCCACUCUGCUUGUCUGUGAUCAGAAAAGGGUUUUCGUGGGAUUUGAGGAUGGAUCUGUAGGUCUGUACUCCAUUUUAGAUUCCACUAAUGAUGAGGAAGCCUUGCUCAGAGGCACAGAGGAUUCAAAAGGCCAUUGGAAAGAGAACUUCUGCCCCUUUGAGGAUCCUCUCAGCUGGUUUCCUCAAGCCAAACCUAACGUGAAUUGGCCUCAAAUUGUGUGAUUUAGAAUUGAUAUGUUUCAACACACAAAGAGGCUCACAUGUUCUAUUUCUAUUUGUAAAUGCAUAUUUUAGUGUAACUUUUUUGUAACCUGAUAAAUAUAAGGUAUAUAUUUAUAAUAUAAGGGAAAUAUAUUGCAUAAAUAAAAUGCAGAAAAUAAGUGGUGUAAUGUCAGCAGUGUUUAAAAAAAUAAAAAGUUCAUUUUACCAUUUGUGAUGCAUCUCUGUAAAAUAUGUGUAACUCUACUCAGAGCUAAUGAAGUGACCCUUACUGUAUUUUAAGACCAUGACUUAAAAUCUCUGCUUUUUUUUUUCAAAAAUAGAAAAACCGCCUUGUAAUUUAGUGCACCUUCAAUGACCUUCAAUUGAUUUUCUGUGGAACACGGUGCUUAAAAGUCAAUCAUAAUGUUUUAGUUUGACUUGAGGAAAACAAUGAAGCUGAACUGCUUGAUGGUAUAUUGGAGCAUUAUGGGUACUGUAGUCAGGAGCCACUUGAAGUGAUACAUUCUGUCCUUCAACUGUUGAAUAAAGUUUGAGUUACUUUAUAUUUACUUUAUUACUCACUUACUUUUUACUUCACACCUAGUUUUAAAAUUAAAAAUGUUCUUUUUCUUUAAUUAAAGAGCCACCAGAGGAGUAAAAGAACCACAUGUGGCUCCGGAGCUUCAGGUUGCAGAUUCCUGUUCUUUACAAUCGUUUUUUAAGGAAAGUUUGGAUCAUGCUAAUGAGAUGGGGGUCUCAGAAAUCCUUGUAUGAAAUAUGAUAUGAAUGGUUAUUUGGGAUGACUCACCCGUAUAAUGUGUCCCUCAGGUACUUAAUUGUUCCAUUUAGUGUCUGUGAUCCAGAACCUUUUAACCUUUGGAACUUUCGGUUCUGUUUUUUUUCCCUGAGCUUCUCCUAACAAGACUUUCAUUGAAAAUUCUGCUCAGAAAUA